UUCCAUUGUAGAUCAAAGUAGACUAGAUCAAAGUAGCCUAGUUCAAAGAAGCCUAGUCAGCAGAGCAUGAUUUUCUGCAUGCAUGCUGUUGAAUUUUGGUUAGUGCGUUAUCGUUCCACAGAAAAAAGCAAGAUGUCAGUUGGUAAGUUACAGAAUUUCUCAACUUUUGAAGUAGAUUCCCUAACUAAAUUUUCCACCAGGUCUUAAAGUCGCCUUCCAUGAAUUGGCUGAACAAUUCAUUACCGAUAGUUCUACAACAUCCUUGUGUCAGUACGUUAUUGACAAGUUCCAGGGCAAAACAAUUGAUACUGCAGAACUUCAAAAGAAAAUUAGCUUUUUCGCACUCAAAUUCACAACAGCAUGGAAAAAGAGCAACCGGAAAAGAGCGUUUCUUUGAGCGCAACAAAAUUUGGUUGAGUGGGUUUGAAACUUUCAAAGAACUUCCGAUGUCGAACACCAAGAGAGGGCGUCCGCGUAAAUCAUUUGAAACCUCAAGCACAAAAUCGAAGCAGCGAAAAGUUCAUGAUAUCAGCGUCGAAGUUCCGUAUCAGGAGUUGAUGUUUGCAGCGGCAACAAGAGCCACAAGUUCCGGACAUAGAGAUGCGGCAAAGAUCAUCAAAAAUAUUUCUGAAUUUCCAGAAACCGCCACUAGCUUGAAGCAAUCUAUGAAGUCUUGUGAUGCCGGAGUGGAGCAGUAUUCACCGACUGAAGCUUUGGCAUUCAUUUGUAAGAACGGAUUUUCCAAGAGUCAAUACAAUGACAUUCGUGCAUCGGAUUUGAAGAAAGGGUGUGAUUUGUAUCCGUCCUACAAUCGGGUUUUGGAGGAAAAGAAGCUGACGUAUCCUGAAGGUAAUUUCUAUUUCAUUAGAUAGGGCCCAUUCAUACACUAUAAAGGCAUCACAAAACAUCUUUUCUAUUAUCUAACAUGAUCGAAAUGAAUCUAUGUUGCUUAUGGACAGAUAAUUAUGGGAAUGCAAAAAUAGUCAUGAGAUAUUCAUAAUUUUCAGGUAUUACGAUAAAACCAUCAGCAGCCGAAGUUCCCCUCCAAUCCCUAGUUGACCACACAAACAAACGCUUAAUAGAAAGCCAUAGAAGUAUUCUUGCUGGUUCGGCUUGUAAUACGUUUGAGAUUAACUAUAAGUGGGGCUGCGAUGGCAGUAGCAAUCACUCUCGCUAUAAGCAAAACUUUGUUGAAACGGAUGAAGACGGUGAAUUACGAGAGUACAAUGAUUCACACAUAUUUUCGAUGGCUCUUGUUCCUCUCCAAUUAAUUGGAAGAAUCUCAGAGCACGAACGAGAUAUUUUUUGGAAAAAUGAUCUACCUUCUUCCGUUUCGUUGUGCAGACCGAUCAAGCUAAUUUUUUUGAAGGAAUCUGCUCAGCUAACGCGAAAUGAAGUUGAGAAAGUGCGAGAUCAAAUAAAAAAUCUGAGGCCAACUGAAAUUCUUCAAGACGGUCGGACAAUUACUGUAUAUUCUUCGUUAAUUCUAAGUAUGAUGGAUACUAAGGUAGUAAACGACCUCACAGAAACAAACUCGCAAUCCUGCUCAUUUUGUGGGAAAAGCGGAAAGAAUCUGAAUGACGCAACCAACGAUCUGAACGAGACCAACGCUGAAAAGUUCUCUCGUGGAUUCUCCCCUCUCCAUUGCUAUAUUCGGACAAUGGAACUGUUUCUUAAGGUAGCAUAUCGACUAGAAAUGGAAAAACCGACAUGGCGCGUAGCGAAGUCUAACGAAGCUGUCCGUCAACGAGAAGCCACCAUUCGAGCCGAAAUAAAACGAAGACUAGGGCUCAGAAUUAGCGAACCGUUACCGAGCGGUGGCAACAGCAAUGAUGGUAAUACCUCACGAAAGUUCUUCAAAGAAUGGCGUACAAUCUGCGAAAUUACGGGGUUGAAUGAAGAUCUACUGGAGAGAAUGUACAUCAUUCUAGUUAUUAUCAACUGUAAGAGUGAUAUCAACGUGGAAGUAUUCCAAAACUACUUGGAAACGACUAGGAAACUUUAUAUCAGCCUAUAUGGUUGGUAUCCGCUGUCUCCAACUCUCCACAAAAUUUUGGUCCACGGCGGUGCCAUCGCGAAGCACAGUACUGUUCCUGUUGGAAUGUUGAGCGAGGAAGCACUGGAGACCCGGAACAAGUCUAUCAGAAAGUUCCGAGAAUUCCACUCCAGGAAAUUCAGCAGAACGGCAAACAUCGAAGACGUCUUCCAACGUUUGCUUCUAACAUCCGAUCCAGUGAUUUCCUUGAUGAAUAGGAAAAGCAGCGAUUCUCCUUUAAACUCUCUUCCAGCCAAAGCUCAAGAACUUGUUAUUUUGAAUUGAAUUGAAAAGAUAUGUAGUUUUAAUUUUUAUUUGUUCUAAGCUCAAUAAACCAAAAUAUUAAGUAUAUGCAUACUAAUCGAUUGUUUUUAGAAAUCCAACAUAGAAAGAAAAGUAUGGAACCUUUCAUUAGGGUAGCAUUGACAGAAGGUUCUUUGAAACGUUGAUAGUGUUUAUUUUUUAGUUAAAAAUCCAAUUUUUUUUAAAUAUGUUUUUAUGUGUUGAUUCUUCAAAAAAACUUAGUUCUAGACAAUUUUAAAGCAUUCAAUUGCGCACCUUUUUGCCGAAGACAUCAUACCUGUAUUUUGUAUAUUCUUGAAGUUAUGGCCAUUUUUUGAUGAAAAAUGACAUAUUUUCAAAAAUUAAUUAAGCGCUUUAAACAAAAAACACUUCUUUUAUUUUUUCACCAUCGAACAAUGAAAGUGAGAUCUUUUGAAUGGAUUUAAAAGAUUGAAAAUCGGUUUGCGCCAUUCUGAAAUAUUUACAUGUAAGAAAAGCGAUUUUUUAAGAGAAAAUCUUGCAUAACUUUCUUAUUUCAAGAGAUAUAACAUUGCCCUCUUCGGAGAAAAAGUGUAAAAUCAAAAGAUCUAAAAGUGCUCGGAACAACGUUUUUGCGAGAAAUGUCCCUAUGAAAAGUUAUAAGCAAAAAACUGAUUUUUUAAGGUCCACCCUAACAUCCAAGCUUCAAAAAAUCAUAACUCGUCAACCGUAAUAGUUAGGAGGUUGGUUUCUUCGGCAAAGUUGCUCCAAAUUAAUUGUUCUAAAACUUUGUAGAACAUUGUAUAGGUGUAUUUGGAAAAACAAAAAAGUUGAUAUACAAAUCUUUUAAACCAUUUGGACCACCCUAAUUUCAAUUUAUUGACUAAAUAGGACACAAAUUUUGGAAAAACUUUCCCAAAGACACCAUAUAGCUAAAAUCAAUAGUUUCGCCGUAAAUAAUUUUGUCUAGCUAGAUUCGGACCUGGGACCAUUGUGCAAUGUCUUUAAAUGAGUUUAUAUCAAUAUGUUGGAAUAUUGUAUCGUUCUUUGCGAUUGCUAUCAUUUUACUCAAAAAUCCUUUUUGAUUCUCAUUUGUUUUAUGGCUGGCCAGCCUUGUAUUUGUGGAUUUCUGGAUUUUAUUCUCCAAUAUUUUAAAAAUUUGCUUCAAAGCUUCUUCCUUUUCAUGUUCUGUUGUUAAUUUGAGAUCUAACGCUAGAGUUAGUCUCGGAUUAUAAUUCUUCUUUGACAGCACCAUCGAUAGUUUUGAUGACUGUGGAUAUUUAAUGAAUGAUAGUUUAGAUAGUUUGAAAGCAUCUGAAUUAUUGAGCGCUUCAUAUACAUGAAGUUGAUCAGGCUUCUGCAUCUGAGACUCAUUAAUUGGUUGGCUUGAUAUAUUUCUUGUCAUUGAUCGUGUAAUGACAUACAUCUGUUUUAACUCAUCCAUGUCAAGCGGGACGCGAGAAAAUGCGUCUGCUACGAUGUUUGAUUUACCCUCUAUAUAUUCAAUGGAAAAAUCAUAUUCUUCUAAAUCUCAUCUCAUCCUAAUGAGCUUUGAUGAUGGGUUCUUCAUUGAAAAAAGGUAAAUUAACGGACGGUGAUCCGUUUUAAUUACAAAUUUUCGUCCAUAUAAGUACGGGCGAAAAUAUGAAACAGCCCAGUGAAUUGCUGUUAAUUCUUGUUCAAUCGUUGAUUUAUGUGAUUCGCCUUUUGUGAAUGCUUUGCUGGCAAACGCAAUUGGCUUCUCUACACCAUCGUGUAAUUGAGCAAGAACAGCACCACAUGCAACUUUUGAUGCAUCAGUUGUUAAUAUGAACUGCUUUUGGAAGCCUGGAAAUUGUAGAACGUUUGGUGAUAAUAAACUUUUUUUUAACAUUUCAAAAGCGUUUUGGCACUCUGCGCUCCAAAUAAAUGUUUCAUUUUUUCUUAGAAGUUUGUUUAAUGGAUUGCAAAUAUUAGCAAAGUUUGGAAUGAACCGACGAUAGUAGUUGCAGAAGGCAACAAAUCGACGUGUUUCAUCAGGGGUUUUUGGCACAGGAUAUUUUUCUAUAAUUGAAUAUUUUGCUUUAUCUGGUUGUAUCCCCUUGUUAGAUAUAUGAUGUCCUAAAUAGGUUACAUCACUUUUGAAGAAAUGACAUUUUGGCAGAUUCAGUUUGAGAUUAUAUUUUCUCAAGCAUAAAAAUACUUCACGGAGAUUAGAUAAAUGAUGAUUUAUCGAACAACCGAUGACGAUGAUAUCAUCGAUAUAUAAAAACGCACAUUGAGGAGGAAGUCCGCAUAGAGCGAUCGACAUCAUCCUCUGAAAACUGUUUGGACUGAUAUUCAAUCCAAACGGUAAUCUAUUAAACUCAAAGUGUCCUUUACUUGAAGAAAAAGCAGUAAAUUUUUUGCUUGCAUCUGUCAGCGGAAUCUGAUGAAAUCCUGACAUUAGGUCGAGCGUUGAAAAAUAUUUUGCUCGUCCCAACUGGUCGAGAAUCUCAUCGAUUCUAGGUAAUGGGAAUUUAUCUGGGGAAAUGUUUUUAUUUAGUUGGCGAAAAUCUAUAACCAACCGCCAUUUUUUAUCAGUUUCUGAUUUUUUGGGUACUAAUAAUAUAGGGUUGUUGUAGGGCGAAGUGGAAGGUUGAAUUAUACCAUCGUUUAGCAUUUUGUUGAUUUGGUUAUCUAUUUCUUCUUUUUGAGACUCAGGGGUCCGAUAAUUUUUUAUAUAUACUGGUCGUGAAUCGUUGAGGCAUAUUUCUUGUUUAUAGAAAUUGUUCACGGAUAAAACAUCAUUUUUAAGUGCGAAAAUAUCUUUGAACUCCUCACACAGUCGUUCAAGUUUUUCUUUAAUUUUUGGAUCAAUCUUCGGAUCCAUAUUUAAUUCCUUCAAUACUAGCUUACUACGUUCUUUAACUUUAUUCCAUGGUUUUUCUAAUGAAUUUAUUUUAUAUUCAUUUAAAGGAACCAUUUUUGGUACAAACUUAGAACAUAUUUUUUUCGUUUCAUUAGUAGUAUUAAUAAUUUUCAUAUAAGCAUUUUUAUUACUUAUAAUACCAUUUGCACAAAACACACCUGGCUGUAUUUCUUCUGCAAUGGUAACGUCGUCUACAAUAUUGUGUACAUUGAUUCGUCUUAUCACCUCACAUCGAGGUGGAAUUAUAAAAUUACCUUCCAAUUCAUUGGUGAUUGGUACUUGAAUAACAUUAUUAUUUAUUUUAACAGACAAUAAAAAGGAAUCGUAAUCUAUGUUACACCUAUAUUUACAGAAAAAAUCUCUUCCCAAAAUCCCGUCUGUGGGAAUUGGAAAGUUGUCCUCCACAAUUUGGAAAUUUUGUGGUAGUGGCGUAUCAUCUAUUACUAUAUUUGUAAUAGUAUCACCUAAAGUAGAUAUUUUUCCACUUCCAAUUCCUGUUAUUUCACAUUUAUUAUUUGGGAAAUAAAUUUGGGAUGGUUUAAUUUUAUGUGCUUUGAUGACUGAAAUUUCAGAUCCACAAUCUACCAUUAACGAGCACUGUGUACCAGAUGCUUCAAUCAUCAAGCAUACAAAGUUAGAAGCUGAUACACUUAUUGCGUACGCUCCCCGAACGGUUGUCCUAAAAAAUGUUGUACAUUAUUUUGACCUUGAAUCUGUGGAGCGACUAAAGGGUCUGCCUGUUGAUGUACGUGCCCAGUUGAAAUGACCCUGACCUGUUCAUGUUGCUGUGGAGGAAACUCAGUAGCAUAAAACACUCUUGAGCUACCAUUUAACUGAUUAUUUGAGUUGUUUGGACCAUAAUUUCUGUAAAACUGAUUUUGGCCAUUACGAAAACCACCUCUGCGAUGAAAUCCUCUACCGCGGGAAGUGAAUCUUCCGCGAUUUCCAUAGAAAUUUGUUGGCCGGUUGUUUGGUGUCCUAUAUCCAUAAUUUUGUUGAUAACCACGACCAUUGUUGGGGUAUCGGUGAUUUUUCCUUUCAUUAACAUAAGCAUGCAAAAUUGAUGCUGUAGAUCCUUGGCUUGUUUGCUCAUUUUCCACCAUAACAUUCAGGGCUUCUUGUACCGUGGUAAAUUUGCCAACUUUUAACAUUAUUUUAGUUUCAGAAUUGUGUGAAUUUGAAAUUAGCGUCUGUAUCGCUUGCUUUUGGGCCAAUUUCUUAGCUACAUCUCCUGGAACUUGCUCUCGAAUGUACGCUUGAGCAAGGUUUUCACAAAGAUUUUCGA